AUGAAAAUUUCAAAGUUAAGAAAUAUAAAAUGGAACUAUAUACUAAGUUCAAGACGUUCUUUCAGUGGGUACACAGGAAAGCACAUAUCUGACAAGGAAUUGGUUAAAAAGAAUGACAACUGGUACAUUGAGGAAACUAAUUUUUGCCUAGGAAGAGUUACGAAACUCAGAUUUUCGGAAAAGGACGAUAUGGCAAGAAGAGUUUUGAAAAUAAUGGACAGUCAACUAAGCAAGAUGUACACACGAAUGCGAGAUGGAACAGUUAUCCCUUACAUGUCCUUUUAUUUGAAUGACGUUAUUGAUAAACCUGCGCCAAACCACCAAUUUAUUGAACAGCCACUAAUCAAGUGGACGUGGGACGAAGCCUACGAUGAGGCUUACGAAGAGAACUGA